AUGAGAGAGUACGAUGAAAUAACUUCUUUUCUUGGGUCAUGGGGAGCAUUUCAGAGGACUGUUUUUCUGGCCUUAGCCAUCAGCAUCCUUCCCAACGGUUUUGUGGGAAUCUACAUAGUUUUUGUAGGAGACACACCACCACAUGAAUGUCUAAUUCCAGAGGAGCAUAACAUCAGUGAGAUGUGGAGAAAUGUUACCAUUCCAAUGGUGAUGCAGGAUGGUCAGCUGAAGCGUAGCUCUUGCAGCAGGUACAAUCUGGCCACAGUGAAAAACUUCUCCAAUGAGAUAGCACUGGAGAACUGUCUGGAUGGAUGGAAGUACAGCAAAGAAAUAUAUCAAUCAACAAUCGUCACUGAGUGGGAUCUGGUGUGUGAGAAUGAGUACAAGGAACCCCUGACGUCAUCUAUAUAUUUCUUUGGUGUCCUGCUGGGAACCUUCAUUUCAGGACAAAUGUCUGACAGAUAUGGUAGAAAGCCAGUACUCUUUAUUAUGAUGGUUAUGCAGACAAUAACCAUUUUUAUCCAGAUGUUUUCACCAAGCUGGGAGGCAUUCACUGCCAUUUUCUUCUUUGUGGGCUUUAGUGGCUUCUCCAACUAUGUAGUAGCCUAUGUGCUAGGAUCAGAGAUUUUGAGUCCAGCGACACGAGUGAUAUUUGGCUCUCUGGGCGUCUUCAUGGGGUCUGGGUUGGGUCAGAUGUUCCUCCCCCUGGCAGCUUACUACAUUCGUGACUGGAGAUGGCUAGUGUUAACCAUGGCUCUCUCUGGUCUGAUAUACAUCCCACUGUGGUGGUUUAUCCCAGAGUCUCCGCGAUGGCUGCUCUCUCAGGGAAGAGUGAAGGAGGCUGAGGCCAUACUGAGAGAUGCCGCCAAGAAAAACAAAGUCACAGCACCAGAGGUCAUCUUCACUCCAACAGAGACUGAAGAAGCAGUGAAAAAACAAGAGAAGAAAUACAGCAUUUUGGAUGUCCUGAGAAGUUGCAAUGCACUUUUAAUAAUAUUAAUUUGCUCCCUCCUCUGGAUGGUCAUCACUAUGUCCUACUACGCUCUUCUUCUGAACACGACCAACCUCCACGGUGAUCCCUACCUCAACUUCUUCUUCUCCGCUGUGGUGGAGGUCCCUGCAUAUUUCAUAGCCCUGCUGUUGCUAAGAUACUGUCUGAGGAAUUUCUGCCAGUCUUCAACUCUCUUCUUAGGGGGAGCCAUUAUUCUUUUCAUACAGCUCGUACCUCAACACAUACCUGAGUUGGCAAUCUUCCUGGAGAUGGUUGGGAAGUUUGGAAUCACUGCGGCUUUCUGUGUGGUCUACGCCGUGACCUCAGAGCUUUUCCCCACGGUGAUCAGAAACAUGGCCAUGGGUACCUGCUCUAUGGCGGCACGCAUAGGAACCAUCAUCUCUCCUUUCAUCAUAUAUCUGGGAAAUUUGUACAAAUACCUCCCCUAUCUUUUAAUUGGGGGUCUGGCUGUAUUUUCCGGAUUGCUCUGUUUCCUUUUGCCAGAGACUUUUGGGAGGGAUCUCCCAGAGACCAUGUCAGAGAUGCAGAACCUGAAAUGGUUUGGGCACUCCAAAAAGAAGAAUAAAGCAACCUUAACGACAAACAACAAUGUCGUGCUGAGAGAAGAGAAGCUAUAA